GAAAAGUGUUUUUCACCUAGCUACUGUGUAAGUCACUCGCUCUGCGCACGCCGCCCUGCGACGUCCAACGGCGAUGCAAACUCACCACUCGCUGUUGAAAUUCAAACACCAACGACAAUGUCGUCGUCUUCUGUUAUGAUCCCAAUCACCAUUGUCUGACGUGGGAUUCUGACGACAUCAUCAUGUGCAUUGUUGUCUCCUUGACCUUGGUCAUCCUCGAUCAAGGUCGUUCUGAAGAUAGGCCGGCAGCAACAACAGCCCAUAAAGUCUGAAGAUCGACUAUUUCUUCUCUUUCCUUCGUCGGUCAACUUGUACGUCAGUGAACUUGUUGGAAAGAAGUCACUGUAAGAUGACUAUUUCAGUUCCAGAACCAACCGGUAGGCGGUGUUCUACGCUCUUUAUCCGUUAUUCGAACAAUGAUUCUGCCGUUUCGAACAACAACUACCCGUGGCGUUGUGAUGUUGUUGACGUGACAACAAACGCACGCCGCCUGCCGACGAUGGUGGAAGAUGCGUAGGAGGCGGAAACCCAGACGUCGCCAUGGUCGUGAUCAAUUUCACCGAGGAGAAACGUGUCCGCCUGGCGACCGUACUGCAGUGUUUCAACGCGCUUUCUACACUUUGUUCUCUCUUCUUAAUCUCAGGGGGGUUAUUCAUCAAGUUCAGGGUCGAAGAUAAAGUGGCUCUCAUUGAAGAUUAUGGAAACAUAGACGGCCUCUGUUACACACUCAUGGCAUUCGGAGUGUUAGGAGUCGGCCUGAACCUGUUCGGGAUGAAGGUCAGCUCUGACUCGAAGUCCCCUGAAACGCGGUCCAAGGGACUAGUGAUCUACAUGGCAGUCACAGCGCUGUUCUGCCUCCUAGUGUUCUGUGCAGGAAUUACAACGUUUGCUCACAAGAUGCACCUGCAAAGUGCUUUUGAUAAGGGUAUCACCAAGGCCAUGAACCAAUACCAGCAUGGCGGAUCUCUCAAGAUAGAAGUGGACAUACUGCAGACGGAGUACCACUGCUGCGGGUCGGAGGGACCAGAGGACUGGUUCAAAAUGAAAAUGAGCGAUGGACGAUAUUUGACCUCUGACGUUCCAUUUAGCUGUUGCAACAUGCGCUACAAUCGCCCGUGUAUCCACCACGGCCUCACCGGUGCCGCGGCAGGCACACACUACAACUUCAAGUACGAAGGAGCUCAGAAACACAUCAUUUAUCAGACGGGCUGCAAGGAGGCGCUCAUGAACUAUUUCGGCGGACAGGUUCUGGAGACUGUCGGGGGAACCAUCAUGGUAAUCUGGGUCUUUCAGCUGGCCGUGACCUUUGGAGUCAGGUACCUACAGACGGCCAUCGGAAGCAUCGACCCUUCAGAUCCUGAAGGAGACUCAAAGGGCCACAUCUUCGCCUCACCCGCCAAAAAAGACAAAGACACGGAAGGCGGGGGCGGCGGCAAACAGCAGAAAUCGAAGAAAACGAAGAAAUUUGGUAAGAUCACGGGGAAAUUCGGUAAGAACAAGAAGAAGCCAGUUCCCCCCGAGCCGGAUUACGACCAGGUCCCCGAUGAGGAGCCACUUGAGUGGACACUUGACCCUUCGGAUAGCAGUUUUGAAAACGAACCGGACGCAGAACAAGCCCCGGCCGCCCCGGCCCCACCGCCCCCACCGCCACCACCAUAACAAAUCUAAUGUCAUUGCGAGUCCGUACUUAGGCCAUGUUGAUUUGAUUAUAUGGAUGACAUUCACGCACACAUUAAUAUGUGUCUGUUUCCAAAAACAAUACUGUAAAUCGUAUCAUUUAAAGCAGCUAUGAAUUUGGAAAAAGAUCGGAUAACGGAUGCUAAGUUCAUAGAAUGCUAAAGAAAAUUCCAGAGUCAAAGAAGAAUAUGUGAAAGAACAAGACCGUACUCACCAUGUUUAGUCAUCUGUUCCACCUUCCUGACCACUUAGAUUUCAUAUCGAAUGCAACUUUUUUUGGCCAAACUUGUUUUUAUUCGCACGCUCGCACCAGUUUUGGGGUUCCCAGAGGGUGUCAUCCAUAUAAUCAAAUCAGCAUGGCCUUACAAUACAAAUGAAUAAGAACAUAUUCGUACUCAUGUAAAGCAAUGGUUUCAAGGGUUACCGUUUGUUCUGAACAUAUUACACAGGAACUACUGUGAAUGGUGAUAUCACGAGAUGGACUGAAAGGGUACUUUGAAAAAGGAUAAUAGACUGCAAAAGAAUUACAUCAA